AUGAGUGGGAAAUUAUCAAGCAGUGUUAAAAGCAUGAAAUUUAUGCGUUUUGCAAAUGGAGAAAGUGAGCAAUCAGUUGAAAUGAGUAGUAAUGAAGCUCCUCAACCAAAAUAUGCUCACGAUAACUCUAAUUGGAGCUUGGCCCCUAGGAAGACUGAGAAGAGUGGGAAUAAUAAAGCUAAGAAAGUUCGCAUAAUUAAGACUAAAACUCGCUACAGUAAGCCAAUGAAUGUCGGAAUUACUACUAUUUCUCGUGUUGCACAGGAAUCUUCAUUUGUGCGAGGAAGAAGAGUUAUUGAAACUACAAACCCUACUGAACUUGAGAAUAAAAAAAGAAAGGCAGAGUCUGAGGCAAGUGAUCAAAAUAAAUUAGUAACUGAGGAUGAAGAUGAUUAUGUUCCAGAUGAUAAUUUGGACACUUUGUUUAAGAAGGGUAACAAAAAACAGAAGUAUAACAAAUGA